AGUGCCGCCACGAUCCGCUGCUCCUAUGGGCAGCAAGGUCUCGGGCGGAUGCAACUUGACUUAGUGAGGCGGCAGGAAGGCCUCCCGGUCCAGGCCAUCACCAGCCAGCACCCCAAGGGCGCCGACUUGGCACAGAACCUCCAGCGCAAAGGCUUCUAUACCGAGGAGCUGCCUCUGGCCAAGCAGCUGGCGCGAAGGAUUGUCAGUGAUGAGGUGCAGGAGCUGGACUCCGACGGGGCCUUCUUCAGGCCCCCGGAGCAGAUCCAUGAGGGCCUGCUGGGCAGCGAGGGCAGCCAGAGGUGCGCCCUGCUGGAGAGCUUCAUGGACUUGAGGGAGCUGGCGGAGGUCGACCGCGAGAUCGUGAGGGAUCCCCUGCGCACCGGGUCCAAGCCCGGGCUGGCGCAGCUCACUGCGGAGCUGGCGGAGCGCGGGGCGCAGCUGGCGACCUGGGCGCCCACUCUCCUCGACUUCCAGAUUUCCUCCCGCAGCCCGUACAUGGUGCUCGAGGCCGGGCACACGGACACCAAGUCCAAGGCGAAGCCGAGCAGCCACAACGCCAUGAUGAAGUGGAUCCACAUCUUCCAGAGGCACCGGGUCUUGGCGUUGAUCUGUUUGGGGCCUGAGUCCGGCAGCCUGGAGCUGCGGCCCCUGGCGGAGGAUGCGGGCACGCACCGGCUCCAGCUCAGGCCGGGAGCCAUGGUGCUGCUGCGCGCGGAUUGCCUCACGCACCGCUUCACCUCCCGAGGGAAGUGCUUCUUGCUCGCCAACUUCCUGCUGGGGCCGAACCCUCAGCGGAGUGCGCAGCUGGCUGCGCAGCUGCAAGACGAGAUGGGCCGAGAGCUUCUGAAGCUCAAGGAAGCCUCCAAGAGUGAGGAGGACUUUGAGAAUCAGACCAGCAGGGCGAUCCAGCGCAUCGCCAACCAGAACAUCCACAAGGGUCAGCAGACGGCCGUCAGGGGCUGUGCGUCCAGGGAGCCUACCGCCGCGCACGACCCAGAUGCCUUCUGCUCGGCAAUCAUGGCAGGCAUCGACGGAGCUCAGAUUGUGCCGCAUCUCCGCUGGGACCACGAGCAGUACUACGCAUCUGACCCCUUGAAGGAUCCUAUGGGCCAGUGGAAGACCCAUUGCAACCACGGCUGCUUCAUUGAGGGCCUUGAGCUCUUUGACAACAAGAUGUUCAAGAUCAGUCCCAUGGAGGCUCAGGGCAUGGAUCCCAACCAGCGCCAAGCCCUGGAGGUGUUUUACGAGACGACCAUGAGCGCCGGCAUAGAUGACAAGAAACUUAUGAGGUCCAACAUCGGGGUCUUCAUGGGCGGCACCGGCGGCGUGGUCUCGGAGUUCGGCCAGGUGCCGAAGGACGACGUGGGUGGGGCGCUGGGUUCCACCAGCGGCUCUGCUGCCAUCAUGGCCAACCGCAUCUCCUUCUGCAUGGGCAUUCACGGCCCGAACUUCUUCAUCGACUUGGAAGGUGCUGCCUCCUUGACGGCUUUCAACCUGGCAGUGGACUCCGUGCAGCGUGACAAGGCGCAGUGCAUCGCAGCGGUGGCCUUGGGCGUGGAUUGCAACGUGCACCCGCAAGGUCUUCUGCCGUUGGGCUGGGCGGGGCUCUUGUCGAAGAAGGGCCGCUGCUUGAGCUUCGACAGCUAUGCCGAUGGCUACAUCCGAGGCGAAGGCUACACCGGACUCUAUGUGAGCCCUUUGAUGAAGGAGGAGAACGGCAAGAAGAUGAUCGACGAGGAUCCGCCCAUCAUCGCCCUGGCCAGCGGGACCUUCAUCAACAACAACGGGCGCAGCGCCUCGCUGACCGCCCCCUCCGGCGCCAUGUACCAGGAGCUGGUGGCCAACUGCGUGCGCAGUGCGGACCUCUCCCCGCUGGACGUGGAUGCGGUGGAGUGCCAUGCCACAGGCAACGUGCUCGCGGACGCCGUAGAGGCUACUGCACUGACUCGGGCCUAUCGCGCCUUGGCCAUGGACCAGGACACGGAAGAAGAGAUGCUGGGCUUGUUGGCCGGGAAGACCAACGUUGGCAACAUGCGGCCGGCCAUGGGCUGCGCGGCGCUGCUGCGGGUCAUCGUGGGCCAGGCGAUGGGCUGCAUGCCGCCCUCCCUGCACCUCCACAAGUUGAAUCCCCAUGUGGUGCAAGCCGACGAUGUGCCGAGCUUCUUCGUCACGGAGCAUGUGCAGCACCGCAUGACCGCAGCCUUUGUGGCCUGCACGGCCAGCGGCAUCGGCGGCUCCAACGCACAUACCAUCCUCUGGGGCAGAGCGUGCACCAGGCAGAUGAAGAUGGAGAAGCCCGUCAAGGCCGAGGAGGUCUUGGCCUUUUGGCCGGGCGGCGGCGGGGACUUGGACCCCGCCUGCGAGCCACGCCGAGGCUGCAGCAUCGUGGGAUCGUGGUCCUUGAUGGACACUCCGCAGACCAUGAAGGGAGAGGGGCUGGACCAGUUUAGCUACACAGUGACGCUGGGGGAGCAUGGCUGCGAAUGGUUCCAGAUCUGGCUGGACGGCGAGCGGGAGAGGAUCCUGCACCCAGCGGAGGCGCGGGCGCAAAGUACCGCCAAGGUGCAAGGGCCUCACGCCUACGGCCAGGUGGCGCCUUUUGGUUGGGUCAUCGACACGCGGCCAGGAAGCGGCGAUGCUGACAGGCCGCGCGUGGACGUGGGCCAGCCAGGGGAUCAGUUCCAGGUGCAGCUUCAGAUCAAGGGCCGCUUUCGGGCGGUGACCUGGGAGAGGCUGGACACACAGAACGUGCAGCGGAAUGGCCUUCCAAAGACGAUGGGUCGCUACUUCAUAGUGGGCAGCUGGAACGACUGGCAACCGGAGGAGAUGACUUUGGAGGACGAGGGCGUGGGCCGCUUCUCCAUCAAGGCCACGAUGCCCAAGGGCAAUCAGCGCUUCCAGAUCCUGAGAAACCGGGACUGGCGGCAGCUGAUCUAUCCGGAGACCUGCUACGCGGACUGCGACAGCGUGGUGAAGGGCCCUGAUGCGAACGGCCACGAUCGCUACUGGAACAUCGAGGUCUCGGCCUCGCGGAACGUGAUGCUCAUUGACCUGGACCUCUGGGAUGAGGACCAGGCCUACUCACGUGGAGGCUCCAAGAGUAGCAGAAGCUCUGUGAGCAACAUGAAGGUCUCCUGGCGAGGAAUUGGGAAGCAAGAUCUUACGGAGCAGGACCCUUUGGUCGGGGCGCCUCACAUUUUGGAGACCCAGGUUGGAACUGUUGGGCAAUAG